AUGAUAAAUCAAACAGCGGCGACAGAAUUCUUCCUCCUGGGAUUUUCCAACCUCCGAGAAUUGCAGAUUUUACACUUUGUGAUAUUUCUCUCCAUUUAUUUGGCAACCAUGACUGGGAACUUCCUUCUCAUUCUGACAGUAGCCCAGAAUCCUCACCUUCACAAACCUAUGUAUUUCUUCUUGGUCAACCUAUCCAUUGUAGAUGCCUGCUUCAUUUCAACUACGAUUCCUAACUCCCUGGUCAAUUCCUUCCGGAACAAAAAAUGGAUUUCAUUCUCUGGAUGUGUCACACAGGUUUUCCUAGUAGUCACAUUUUUAUUUGCUGAGCUGACCUUCCUUACUAUAAUGGCUUAUGACCGCUAUGUAGCAAUCUGCCAUCCUCUGCAGUACCAGAUGAUCAUGAGCUGGAACACUUGCCUCCAAUUGGCAAGUACAUCUUGGAUGAGCAGUAUCAUCUAUGCAAUAAUACAAACAGCAAGUACCUUUCGAUUAUCUUUUUGUAGGUCCAGCAUCAAGCAAUUUUUCUGUGAUAUCCCUCCAUUACUGCUGAUAUCUUGCACAGAUACAAGAGUCAAUGAAUGGCUUCUGAUUGGAACUGUGUUUACUGUAGGCUUAUUUUGCUUUAUGUGUAUAUUUGUUUAUUAUAAAUGUAUCUUCUCUGCUGUGUUAAAGAUCCAGUCAGCUCAGGGUAGGAAAAAGGCCCUUUCCACCUGCACGCCACACCUGAUUGUCUUUACUUUGUUUUUUUUCACGUGUACAUUUUCAUACCUGAAGCCCAAGGCCUUGUCCUCUCCACCUGUGGAUUUAUUGGCUGCUUUUCUAUAUACGGAAUUGCCCCCUCUGAUGAAUCCCAUCAUCUAUAGCCUGAGAAAUAAAGAAAUCCAAAUGGCCAUGCAGAAAGUGGCAAAGAAACUGUUUGGAUUUCAGUGGGUGAUGAAUUGA